AUGACAAGAACGCUAUCAGACUCAGCCAAGCAUGGCAUCCGGACCAGCAUGGACGACGUCACCGCCGACCCUCACAAAAUCCCUGGAUGCGUCGCGGUUGUCGUCGACAGAGAUGGGAAAACCCUCUUUUCGCACGCCAGUGGGAAAAAGGGCAUCGACACCAAAGAGCCCAUGAGCCUCGACGCCGUUUUCUGGAUCGCAUCGUGCACGAAAAUGAUUGGCGGCAUCGCAGCGAUGCAAUUAGUCGAGCAGGGGAGGCUGGCGCUUGAUGAUGCUGAUUUGGUGGAGCGAUAUUGUCCGGAGCUCAAGACUAUUCGGAUUUUGAAGGGCAUCGAUGAGAAUUGCAAGGCGGAGACGGUGGCGAAGAAGAAUCGGAUCACGCUAAGGAUGUUGUUGAACCAUACUGCUGGCUUUGAGUACACCUUCUUCAACGACACUGUCCGACUCUAUGGCCAACCAGCUGGCAUUGACGAAUUCGACUGCCAUCCGAGUGGCGUCCUAGGUCAACCCCUGACCUUUGAGCCAGCUUUCUGCACUUCAGCAGCCCGUAGAGCUAAAUCCUCUUCCAGGCACCGACUGGGCAUACGGAGUAUCCCUCCCAUCUUCCACCACUCUUCCCAUUCACCUCAUCCAACUAACCCCACCCGUCAGGUCGGCAUAGACUGGGCAGGCACACUCAUCGAGCGCGCAACAUCCAUGUCCCUGAACGAAUACUUCCAAACCCACAUCUUCGCCCCGCUCGACCUGCACCACAUAACCAUGUUCCCCACCCCGCAGAUGAAAGCCAACCUGGCACACAUGCACCAAAAGACCCCCGGCCACGUACGGGCCCGAGACCACCUCUACCGCCGACCCCUGAUCGCCACCCCGGCCGAAGUCCCCGGCAUAUACAACUCCGCCGGCGCGGGCUGCUUCGGCCGGCCCACGGACUACGCGCAGAUCCUCGCCGCCUUGCUCAACGGUGGGACUUCCCCCGCGACGGACAAUCGGAUCUUGACGGAGGAGAGCGUGGAGGAGAUGUUCACGAACCAGAUCCCGGCGUUCCCGGAUUUUGGCCGAAAGGGGGUCCGGACGGCGAAGCCGACGUAUACGAACGAUAUACCGGAUCUCUAUCAUCAGCCCGAGGAGCAGCCGCAGGGGUGGGGUUUGACGUUUAUGCUGACGAUUCACGAGGCGGCUACGGGGAGAGGGAAGAAUACGGCGUGGUGGGCUGGUGAGUUGAUCUAUAGCAUGGUCGUUGGUGAGGAGGGAUGCUGA